UUUUCCUGUCAGGAAAAGAUGUGUUUCUCACCCUUUCUCUCGCUGUGUGGUCACAUCAAACCUCUCUCGCACCGCGUCAAGCUGCUCAACAUGCAAAUCCUUGACAGCACAUGAGUGAGAAGGUCUGAAGUGGUUUUUCUGGAGAUGUAUGAAAUCGAGACAUUCUGUUGUGUCCAGUGACUGGAGAUAGUGGCCGGUCUCAGGAGAGGCAGUUCUGUUUGUGUUACAUGUUUAUCUGACGACUUUUCUGGAUUUUUUUCUGGCUUUGGGGAAGCAGACAUGUCUUAUCUUCUCAUUUUGGGACUCACAGUACUAUGGACUUCACACAUUCAUGCCGUUUCUAAUCGCUGCGAUGCGCCCGUUAAAGUCCUUCACAAGACUCCCUGCACAUCCUGCGCCGCUUCCGCCGCCGUCGUCUGCGCGCGAGGGUUCGGGAAGAUCACCCAGAACCCCGAUAGCUGCAAAUACGUUGUGGAAAUCGGCAGUCGUCAGAUAGAGCUGUCAGGGUGCUCUCAUAGCUGUCAGGGCUUUACGACAGUCCAGCACUGCUGUCCGGGCUUCUGGGGCUCCCUGUGCUUGCCUUGCCCUAGCUGGUCUGGAAAGAUUUGUAACGGUUAUGGUACAUGUGAAUCUGGAAAUGGCACCUGUGUUUGUAAUGAGGGAUAUACAGGUUUUGCGUGCCAGAAUUGUUUGAAUGAGAAUGCCUAUGGAGACCACUGCCGUUCAGAGUGCAGCUGUGUGAAUGGAAAGUGUAACUCAGGACCGAAUGGAGACGGUGAAUGUUACUGUCAGCCGCCAUAUUCAGGACCAAAGUGUGAUGAAGUUUCUUCAUCUUGUUCAAACUGCCCAGCCUAUUCAUACUGUAAGGGAGACUACACAAAUGCUGUGUGCGAAUGUCUGCCUGAAUACAAGAAGAUCGGAAAUGCGUGUAUAGGUUCCGGGUGUUCACCAGCAAUUUGUGACACAAAUGCUAAAUGUUCAUUUAGCGGUGGAAAGUUUCAAUGUGAGUGUGAAGAGGGAUUCAGAGGAGACGGCAAACACUGCAUUCCCAUCAACCCCUGCAACACUAAUAACGGAGGCUGUCCUGUAGAGUCCACUGCCUGUGAAUUCACAAGCCCAGGAAAGUCGAAAUGUGUGUGUUUGCCUGGAAUGCAAUCGUCCGACCCGUCCAAGGGCUGCACGCAAAAGUCGGCCUGCACACCGGGUUCAUGCCAUAUCAGCGCCCGCUGCGAGACCAACUCAGACGGCACGCCCAGCUGCCGCUGCAACGCUCAGCAGAUCGGCGAUGGCAGACGUUGCUAUGGGAACCUCAUGGAAAGAGUUUUGGAGCUGGACAGAGAGGGCAGGCAGGCAGGAAACCUCACUGGAAGCAUUCGGUUCUUUGAGCAAGCGUGUGAGUUCACACUCAGCCAGCACGGCCCGUUCACUGCCUUCAUUCCUGCGGGACAGAAUCCAUUCCAAACGCUUGCAGGAAAGGCCUCGAGCAGCGUCCUGAAUGCAGUGUGCAAAAAUCACCUCAUCCUCGGACAGAAACUCUACAGUGAUCUGGAGGGGAAAGACAUGUGGAUGUACGGAGGAGAAAAGAUCAGAUUCAAAACAAAAAAGCACUUUAUCCUGAUGAGGGAUCCAGACGUGUUGUUUACUUUACUUGAGAGCAAUAUCCCAGCAUCCAAUGGAAUAAUUCAUAUUAUUGACAAGCCCUUUACUCUUGCUCAUAUCGAGUCCUCAAACAACAACAUGGAGUUCUCUUCAAAAACCGUCGGGGAGAUUUUCAGAGAGGAUGACAGGUUCAAUCGAUUCCUGUCUCUGAUUGAUAAUUGUGGAGCCCUGUUGCCUGUCAGAGGUUCAGGUCCGCUUACAGUGUUUGUUCCAACCAACACAGCCAUAGACAAAUUCAGAGAUGGAAGUCUUAUGUACAUGCUGAGUGAUGCCAAACCAAAGCUUCAGUCACUUCUGAAACACCAUAUGUUCUCCCUGGCUGCUGUCACUGUGGACCAGCUUGCUAGCAUGUCUGAGAUUACAACAAUGGCCAAUGAGAUCUUAAGGAUCAAUGCCUCUGAGGAUUUUGUCAUGUUAUCGAUCUAUCAUACAUUGUGCUCUAGGUGUGUUUGUCUGCCUGGAUUUGAAGGAGAUGGCUACACCUGCAUUAAAACCAAUCCCUGCCUCCAACCUCAGAGAGGAGGCUGCGACGUCAAUGCCAGAUGUAUGUACGAUGCAGGAAUGGUGAAUUGUGCUUGUAUGGAAGGAUGGACAGGUGAUGGACGUUUAUGUGUGGGAAUCAAUAACUGCUUGAGCGAGACUCGUGGUGGAUGUCAUGAAAAUGCAGAAUGCACAGUCACCGGACCAGGACAGAAUGAAUGCAGCUGCAGGAAAGGCUACAUGGGAGAUGGCAUCAUCUGUAAAAUUGUCAACCCCUGUUUGUCAGAUAACGGAGGCUGCCAUUCUCUGGCCACAUGUAAAUUAAAGAGCCCAGGAAUACGUGAAUGUGUGUGCCGAAGCGAAUAUGAAGGCGAUGGAGUCACAUGUUAUGGAAACAUGCUUAUGGAGCUAGAUGGAAACUCUGCGUUUUAUAGUUUCAACCGCUUCCUUCUAAGGCACAACGUGAUUGAACAAAUUUGCUUACAGGUUCUUCGACCUCCUCUAUCUGAUUUCCCUCCACCGCCUCCCAGUUUGAUGAAGCUCCUGAACGACACGCCAGAAUUCAGCCUUUUCAGGCAGACAGCGGUGCUCUACAACUUGGAAAACCGUAUCCCAACUAGAGAUUACACCAUUUUUGUCCCACAUGACAGUGCCAUACAGGAGUACCUGAAAAAAACAAACUCGACACAACUGAGCCAAGACAUCGUAAAAUAUCACGUAAUUCUAGGCGAGCAACUCUUUCCUGAACACUUGGGCAAUGGACUUUUUAAAAAUACAUUUUUGGGAAAUGGCACUCAGAUCAUGUUUUUUGUGGACACUGAUAAUCAGACAAUGGCCAAUGACGUUCCCAUAAAUGGAAGCUUCAUUGAGACGAGGCAUGGCACAGUGUUCAGGAUCCCACGUGUCUUAGACCUCCACAAGAACCACUGCAGUAAAGAUGUGAUUUUAAAAAUUUCUGGUCGCUGUGGAGAUUGUAACGCUGAACCAAAAUGCCUUUAUAAUGCCAAACCUCUACAACCAAAGUUCCCUCAAAAUAUGAAGUCAAAUUGCAAAUACAGGACAAGAGUUGGAAAAAAGAGAGUGAGUGUGCCGGGCUGUCACAUGGAAUGUUUGAGAACAACUAAGGACCAUUCUUGCUGUCCAGGAUACUUUGGGCAUGAUUGCUCCAAAUGUCCUGGGACUGUGGAUAACUGGUGCUCCAACAAUGGUCAAUGCAAGGAUGGGCUGUUUGGCAGUGGGGAGUGUCUCUGUAAUGAGGGCUUCCACGGAACGGCCUGCGAGAUGUGUGAACCUGGGAGAUAUGGAAAAGACUGCAAGUCUGAAUGUCAUUGUGAACAUGGCAAAUGUUUGGAUGGUAUGGAGGGAAACGGGCAGUGCAUUUGUUACAAAGGUUGGAAGGGAGUGAAUUGCUCCGUUGCGGUAGUCAAUGAUGCCUGUGGUGGAGUUUGUGAUGUCAAUGCUAACUGUAUCUCAGUAGGUUCAGGAGCUCUUCCAACUUGUUCCUGCAUAGCUGGUUAUAAGGGUAAUGGGACAUUUUGCAAAGAAUUUGACCCAUGUACCAAAAACAAUGGAGGAUGUUCCAUAAAUGCAAACUGCACAAAAACAUCGCCUGGUGAAAGGAGAUGCACAUGUAAAGCUGGCUACAUUGGUGAUGGGGUUAUGUGUCUUGAAAUGAAUGCCUGUUUAGUGGACAAUGGAGGAUGUGACAAAAAUGCUUAUUGUAUGAAAACUGGACCAAACCUCAAAUCUGUUAAAGAAGUGGUCACCAGUAGCGGAUAUAAAUUACGCUUCAGUGUUAGAGAUGGUGUUGUGUACAUCAACGGAAAUACAAAGAUCAUCACCAGUGAUGUUGAGUGCUCCAAUGGAGUCAUGCAUUUCAUAGACAAGGUCCUUUUUCCAUACGAUCUAACGGGCAAGGCAGAUAUCAACACCGGUUUGAACAUUACCGCAGCUGCUGAACAAUAUGGCUUCAAAAUCUUCAGCAAGCUCCUACAGGAUGCGGAAUUGAUGCAUGUGGUGAAGCAUCAACCCUUUUAUCCAUUCACCAUGUUCUGGCCAACAGAUGACGUUUUUAACAAACUCCCUGAGGACAGAAAGAAAUGGCUGUACAGCGAAGACCAUCGUGAUAAGCUACAAGCCUACCUCAAAGCUCACAUAGUCCGUGACCAGAGGGUAGUUGCUGUUGCUCUUACUGCUGAGAAAAAAAUGGAAACAUUGUUUGGAUCAGAGCUCACCUUCAGUUGCAACAAAGAUUUAAUUGGCGACAUCUUAAUCAAUGGAAACAAUGCCAGAAUCGCAGCGCGGAACAUGUUGUUUGAUUCAGGAAUCGCUCAUGGGAUUGAUCAGCUUCUGGAGCCACCGAGCAUUGGCGCUCGCUGCGACGACUUCACAAGCAUAGAGAUUAAGGGACACUGUGGCUCUUGCAGUUUGCUGCCCCAUUGUCCCCUCGGAUCAGAGGACACAAACAGAACUAGCAUUUGUAGACGACCAUAUUUACCUUACAUGUACAGACGGCCCAGUUAUCAUGGGUUGUACUCGUAUGAUUUUGGAUACAACUCAUACAGAGGUGGGCUUGGCUGUAAUCGGAUUUGCACGAAAAUGACUUGGUCUGUUAAGUGCUGUAAAAACCACUUUGGAAGAGACUGUCAAGUGUGUCCCGGCGGACUCGAGGCGCCAUGUGGAGAGCAUGGAGACUGCGAUGACGGCCACACCGGCACAGGGAUGUGUAAAUGUCACAACAGUUUUAGAGGCACAGGCUGUGAGCUGUGUGAAAGCAAUCACUUUGGGCCGAACUGCACAGCAUGUAACUGCACCAGCAAAGGCAUGUGUGACUACAGCCGGGACAGUGAUGGCAGCUGUUUCUGUCAAGAGGGGUGGAUGGGUAAAUACUGCGAAUCAAAAAUUGAAGUCAAGCUGAUCUGCUCUCCUGCAUGUGAUCUCAACGCAGUUUGCCUCCCUGAAAACCAGUGCGAGUGUGUGCCGCCCUAUGGAGGAAAUGGCAUCAACUGCACAGCUCCGGAUCUUUGCAGUGAAUAUAACGGAGGCUGCCAUGAAGCAGCGGACUGUUUGCAGACCGGUAUCAACGUUACUUGUUCCUGUCGGAUGGGAUACUCUGGAGACGGACACGUCUGCUCGCCCAUCAACCGAUGUGUAGAGGAGGCGAACGGUGGCUGCAGCGAUUUCGCAGAAUGCAUUUUCACUGGACCUAGUGAGAGGCGCUGUGAAUGUCUCGAGGGGUACGUGGGAAAUGGAAUCCAGUGUUUGGAGAAAGUGGUGCCCCCUGUUGACCGCUGCCUGGAGGACAAUGGCGGCUGCGACCCCAAAGCUACAUGCAAAGACCUUCAUUUCCACAUGAAAACGGCAGGUGUUUUCCAUCUGCGCUCAUCUGAGGGGAAGUAUAAACUGAACUUCAGUCAAGCACAGUUAGCUUGCGAGGCCGAGGGAGCCACUCUUGCUACAUUCAAACAGCUCUCUGACGCCCAACAGUUGGGAAUGCAUCUAUGUGUGGCAGGAUGGAUGGACGGCAAGAAAGCUGGCUAUCCGAUCCGGUUUCCUUCUGCUAAAUGCGGUGAUAAUCAUGUUGGUAUUGUGCUGUACAAAGAGCCAGUCAAUGCCAGUUGGCCGUAUGAUGCGUACUGCUACCAGAUGAAUGAGGUGUCUUGUGAAUGUAAACCUGGGUACAUUGGAAGCGGGGAAUUCUGUAAUGGAGACCUGGCCUCAGUUGUUGCCACUACUUUCAAAUUUUCUGUGUUUUACACAACUUUACUGAAGUAUGCAGAGGAUGGCGAGGAGGGCAAGAACCUGCUGAAGUCCCUGUCCGACAAAUCUUUAAACAUCACAGUUUUUGUACCUCAUAAUGACGGUUUCUCUGCAAACAAGACCUUAUCAUGGAGGGAUUUGCUGUAUCAUAUAUCCAGCAUCAAUAGUCUGCACUACUAUGAAGACUUGAAGCACAACAUGGUAAUCCCGUCCCGUCUGGGCUCUGAUCUAGUUGUAACGAUUCCGUCCAAUUCCACCGGUCAGGCUGAGGACCCUCAACCCCAAAAACUGGUGAAUAAGAAGGUCAUAUUGGCCUGGAACAUUCCAGCAAUCAAUGGUCUGAUCCAUGUCAUUGAUGGGCCUUUCAGAGCUCCACCUGUUCCAGUGCCGGCAGUUCCUCCAAUCUCACAGUCCAGCGGUGUCGCAGUCACAACUGUGCUGAUUAUCUUUGCCAUUGUUGGCUUUGUCGCGGGGCUUGCAUACUAUGUCCUCAAGCACAAGAAUGACGCCUUUCGUUUCCAGUAUUUUAAGAAUGAUGAUGAAGAUGGUGCUUCCACAAAAGGUGGUGGAAACCCUGCUUUAGUAUCUAUCCCAAACCCUUUAUACAGCGGCUACAGGGCGUUUGCAGAGCCAUUUGAGGAUUCAGCUGCUACAGACACACCCAACCUCAUCGACUAGCACAGACGGCAGUGCCGAUCUCCUCUCCCUUUCAUUACCUGCAAUCAGCUGGAAGAGGUGGCCUCAACACCUUUGUAUAUGGUUAAACCUAAAAAUAAAAGACUUAAAUGACCUAAUUAUGUCCUAGACAACAUCAGCCUACCAUGGUGCCUUCAGUUCAAUAAAAACAUUUGCUAAAAAACAUUGGGUGCAUUUGUUAGUUUACCUGUUGUUUUCGAAAGGGUUUUCUUCUUGGCCAAUCACAAAGGAAAUCUGCUGUCCAGGGAAUAAAACCUGGGGUCUAAUUAAUGUCUCCAACUGCAAUGCAUAAUCCCAAAGGUCUCGUCGACAUAAUAGAAGGGUAUUUUUGUCUUAUUUGAUCAUACUAAAGACAACUGAAGCGUAACGCAAGAGGGAGACACGUGAAAAUUCCCCUGAGGAAAACGACCACCUGUUCAUACUACUUGGCAGGAAAACAAUAUUGUUGAUUUUGGCUUGCUAUGGACUGGGAAAGGUAAAGCUGGUCAAAUAAGAAAAAUAAGUCAAGUAGAGUUUAGUGUGGAAUUUCAGGUCUUUUUUUAUGAAAAAAUUAUUUGUUUUCUGCACAAAUGAUUUUUUUUUUCAAGUU